AGCAUCUCCUGCAACAGUGCACGUGCUUUCUCUGUGCUCUCUUUUCUUUACCUUUUUCUUUCUCUUCUAGCGAUAGUAUCCAUUCUCAAAUCUUGUAUUUCAGUACUAGUCCUUCUAAAUAUUCAUAUUCACUCAUACCCACAUUAGGGUUUGGGCUUUAUAUACCACGCUCUUGGGUUUAGGACCUUGCCCUUUGCAUUGUAUCUCACUUUGGAGAGAGAAAUAGUACUGAACAGCGGCCAACAGCAACCAGAGGAUCCUUUUCCAGAGUGUGGAGCAAAUUGCUCCCAUCUGGUCUGGGCCUAGUUUCAAAACUAUAUAUAUAUAUAUAUCUACCUAUAGAGAGAUCAAGAAUGGUGAUGGUGGAAUCUAAAGAAGCACAAAAUGGGACUCCAUGGAGCAACUUUCACGAUAAAGAUGGACUUGUCAAGACAGUUACUGCUUCACUGAAGGUCGCCACGUAUCUUAAUGGAAAGGAGGGAGAAGGGAAGGAUAUUAAUGGGUUUGAUAAGUUCGGCGAUGAGGACGAUUUUGACCCAAGUGCUCCUCCUCCAUUUAGGAUAGCUGAGAUUCGAGCUGCAAUUCCCAAACACUGCUGGGUGAAGGACCCCCUGCGGUCUCUGAGUUAUGUUGUCAGGGACCUUCUUGUGGUUUUUGGAUUAGUUGCUGUCGCGCUUCACUUCAACAGUUGGAUUAUUUGGCCAUUUUACUGGGCUGCCCAAGGGACAAUGUUUUGGGCACUCUUUGUUCUCGGUCAUGAUUGUGGCCAUGGAAGCUUUUCUGAUAGCCCCUUGCUGAAUAGUGUUGUCGGACAUGUCUUGCAUUCUUCAAUUCUUGUACCGUACCAUGGAUGGAGAAUUAGCCACAGAACUCACCAUCAGAAUCACGGGCACGUUGAAAAUGAUGAAUCGUGGGUACCGUUGCCUGAGAGGAUAUACAAGACUUUGGGCAAUUCCACCAAAUUGCUACGAUUUAAAGUUCCUUUCCCUAUGUUUGCAUACCCUUUUUAUUUGUGGAGCAGGAGUCCGGGAAAGAAAGGAUCGCAUUUCAACCCUUAUAGCGAAUUGUUCCUUCCCAGUGACAGGAGACAUGUGCUCACUUCAACCAUAUCUUGGACUUUGAUGGUUGCCCUGCUUGUCUACCUAGCCGUAGUCAUAGGGCUUGUCCCAGUGCUUAAGCUCUAUGGUGUUCCCUACUUGGUUUUUGUUAUGUGGUUGGACUUCGUUACGUACUUGCAUCACCAUGGCCAUGAGCAGAAGCUUCCUUGGUACCGUGGCGAGGAAUGGAGCUACUUAAGGGGAGGGCUUACGACCAUUGAUCGUGAUUAUGGAAUGUUCAAUAACAUCCACCACGAUAUCGGCACCCAUGUUAUACAUCAUCUGUUCCCUCAAAUCCCACACUAUCACUUGGUUGAAGCGACAGAGUCGGCUAAGCAUGUGCUUGGAAAGUACUACCGCGAGCCAAAAAAAUCGGGUCCCAUACCGUUUCAUCUACUUAAUUAUCUAGUGAGAAGCAUCAACCAAGACCACUAUGUCAGCGACACUGGCGACGUGGUUUUCUAUCAGACUGAUGCUGAGUUACGUGGUUUGUCUCGGAGCAAAAAGGAGUGAUUCUUUGCGAUCAAGUAGUUCUUAACGCGCCUAAGUAUGCACAAUUAGUAUAGAUUGCAUCGUUCCCUUGAUGCGCCGGUUAUGUCUUCGCGCUUCUUUGUAGGAGUAGAUUGUAGCUUUUUUUCCCACAAGAAAAAGAGGUUUAAAGAUUGUACGAUUAUAUAGUCCUGAUGUUUGUUAUUUGUAUGCUGAAUAUACAGAUAUUAUUACUGUUUUAGAAACUCUUUUAUCGUAAUGUAUUGCUUUCAACUGAAGCAAAAAUUUGAAUAAAAUUGGUGAGGUAUUUUGCCUCAAGGAUGCUCUUCAAUGAGAUAACAA